AUGCAUGAAGGGCAGCGUCCAAACCUGUGCUCCAAUAAAAUUGGGAAGCCUUCUCUCUCCAAAGGCAGCCCCUGGAACGAGCAGUCCCGGUACUCUGCAGAUAUGGACAGCUCUGAUGAGGAUGUGAAGGGAGCCCACUUCCCUGCCUACCCAUCCCAUCACGUGAAACGCCGGAACAGAGCCUCCUCCCAGGAGAACAUCAGCCACUCUGGGAAUCAGAUUCAUGAGCUCCACAAACGCAUGUCUGCUAUCGAACGUGUGCUGAGCCGCUUGGAGGAAAAAAUCCUGGUGCACUCCGAGUCUCCAGCCCCAGAGUCCCAACUUGAUCCCGAUGUCGAGGAGGAGGAGUUGAAGAGGAAGCUGGAGGAGUUAGCCAGCAACAUCAGCGACAAAGAAAUCUCUUCUGAAGAAGAGGAGCGUGAGGAAAAGAAGAGAGGAAAGAAACCAGAGAUGAGUUCCUCCACUGAUCCCAUGGCCAGAGAUGCUCAAAAGAGGUUGUCAGCUCAGGCUUUGAGCAAAAUCAUGGCCAAAGUACUGAAGGUGAUAAAUGCCAUGGAGAAAGUGGUGUGUGAGUCGUUGCAUGGAAAGACCCAGUGGCACGGUGGCUGUGCCCUCCCUGUGGGGCAUCUUCCCAGCCUGGGAGAUGGGAAAGAGGUGGCCCAAGUGUACUGUGAGCUUGAAGAAAAUGUGUACCUGACUGGUGGGAAGACCUACCGGCUUGAGAAGAAGCUGCAGGAGCUUGAGGAAGGGGCUCGGCACAGCGGCGCUACUGACUCAGAGCUGUCAGAGCUGGAGGAGAAAGUGGCCUCAGCGGCUGCUCAGGUGCAGCAGGCAGAGAGUGAGAUAUCGGACAUCGAAUCUCGCAUCGCGGCUCUGUCCGCUGCGGGGCUGACAGUGAAGUCGAUGGAAAAGGCAAGGAAGAAGUCAAGUGGGCAGGCUGCCUGCCUCCAAGCUCCCGAUCCCACCAGCAGCAGUCCAGGGGAGUCUUCAGAUGACGUGCAAGUGAUGCCCAGACUGCAGGGAUUUAGGAGGAAGUUCAACAGUCGCUUUGAAAUCACUGGUCUUGAUGACUCCUUCAACCGUAACUCCAUCUACCGUGGCUCCCUGACGCAGAGAAACCCCAACGGGAAGAACAGGAGAGUGGAGCGGCUCUUUGCGAAGCCUGUGAUGACCCACCUGUCCUGA